AAUCUUUCCUGGUGUAAGUCGUAUUUUGUAUAUCUUUAUGAAUGAACAUGCUUCCGGUUUGAACAGGUGUUCCGAAUUUUUGAUAGGAACAUUGUCCCCCGACACAUAGAAUUUCAGACUUAGUUAACAGUUAACCAUGACAACAGAAGAAGACUCAGCUGUUGACAUGGAGGAAUAUUACGACAAGAUGUUUUCCAAUCGUUACACUGAGGAAGACACAGAUUUUCAGACAGAAAUGUCCAAGCCAGUCCCCCCUCCACCAUGUGUUAUGAACUGGUACACCAAGAACCGCAGGAAUGACUGGGGCCGACAAGGACGAGGUGAUAAUCAAGGUCGGGGUGGUUACAACCAAUCUCGUGGCAACUGGGGUCACCAUGGUGAUCGCUAUGGCAACCGUGGUGGGGUUAUGGUAACAGGGAUGACAACUAUGGCAGAAACAGAGACCGUUACGGAGGCAGAGGAGGAGGGGGAUACCACCGAGGUGGAGGAGGCCAUUAUGGGGGUGGAGGGUAUCACCGUGAUCAGGGACACUAUCAACGGAACCGGUAUGACGAAAGAAGUAACCGAUGAACUGACAUAGGUUUAUUUCUGUGAUGAAUUUCUGGAAAGAUUGUGGGACGAGGUGCAUUCUGAAAAUGAUGGAGGUGCUUACGAAUGGGAAUGUCUGACAUUGUCCUUCAGACUGACCGCCAUCAUGUGCCGAGUGGCAUAAAUAAGAAAGAAACAAUCCGUUCCUAUUGAAAAUGUCAGAUUCUAGCAAAGGAUUUGUAAAUAAUUUGAUGGAAUAUUUGUUGUCACUAAAUCAUGUAAAUCAUUCAUUGUUGUGAUCAGAUCACAGGACAUUGUCAAUACACAAUUUGUCUCCA